AUGCAACAAUCUGCAACUCAGCAACAACCGCGUCACAAUAAUCUAGCGUACAGCAACAACAUCAACAACAACAAUGACAUUAACUGCGACAACGUUGAUGAGGGAAAUACAACAUCGCGACUUACAAACAUUUACAAAAACAACAGCAACAACAAACUACAUUCAACUGAUACCAUAAAACAACAACAACAAUCUGCCGAUGAUGAAGAAGAAGAUUUUUAUUUGAAUUCAAGUUACAACAAACUGAACAGGUUGUUAAGCAGGGACGCCAGAAACAAGACAAAGCCGACCAACUUUCUGGCGUCCUAUUACGACGGACCAACAUUUCAACAUGUCAUCGAUAAAAAUUUAGUCAACCUACCAUUGCAGAAAAUGAACAGACCAAGCAUCAUAAACUGCAGCAACAACACCAACACAAAUAACAACGACAACGCUGUCAGCCACAAACAAACUGAUUUGUUCAGCUGCAGCGACAGCAAUAUUAAAACUUUGACCAACAACAAUUACAGAGAAGAUUCUUACAAAACGGACAAGUCACAUAAUUUAAGUCGUGAAUAUCUCUCAGGCGAUGCUGCCAAUAAACAGCCCGCUAAACCAUUCCAUAUGCAACUGACAUCCAAGGACGGUUUCCUGGAAAACCAAACCAGGAGCAACGACACCACUCAAAGUAUCGACCCUAAAUAUGCUAAUAUCAAGAACAACAACUUAGAUCAGAUGAUGUCAACAACAUCGUCAACAUCGUCACAGGCAACGACAAAAAGUUAUGAAGCAGAUCAGUCAGAAGAAUCCAGCGCUCUCAAUUUCACAAACGUAAAACUGGCAGCCAUGCAGAACACUGGAGUUGCCGUGGCGCAGUUCAAUGGCGGCUCGCUAACUCCCCCAGCACCCCCUCAUCCCCACCCUCAUCAACUACAGAAUUAUUUCUCCCAUUUACAAAAUCAAGAACAGAACUUUCCAAAAACUGUAAGCGAUGGUGACAACAACAUCACCCCCACCACCAACAACAACAACAUCAUCCCCACCACCAGCAACAAAACGUCUUUGACGAAACCUCCGCCACCAUUCAACAUGUUCAACACGGUCCUCUGGAGUCUGCAGCAGCAGCAGCAGCAACUCUAUCAGAUGCAAAUGUUGCAUAAAUUAAGCAGACAGUUUGAUUGCAAGGGCGCCAUCACAAAUGAUCAUCAUUACCAGCCCCUCCAUCAUCUUCAUCAUCAGCAACAUCAUCCGCAUCAAUUUCCAAGCAGCCACUUUCCAAUUCCUCGCCCAAAUGAUUCGGCCAACAUCCAAUCACUGAAUUAUUUCAACGGCAAACUCAAUGGAGUUCCUCCAGUUUCGGCAGCAUUAGAUGCCGCUUACAACAAGAACGACAACUACACGAUGAAUGACGUCAAGGUCGACAAAACCAACAGUAGCGACGUCACAAAAUGCGUUGUUGACAACAACAACAACAACAACUUUCAUAAAAGUGAUGACUCCGAUGGGAUCAUCAAACCAAGCAACAAUAACGGCGAAACUGACAAUCCCAUCAUUAGCAAGAGCGUUCGGAUAGAUAGCGGGAACGCAAGCCCCACAAAAUGCAUUAUGAAGGAGGCUUAUGAAGCUGCCAGAAGCGAUGAUAUCGUCUCCAAAUACAUCAACCCGUCGUUCGCGAUGCCACAGCAAACAACAUUCAGCAACUUUUCGUCAUCAUCAUCAUCCUCUUUUUUAUCAUCUUCAUCGUCAUUAACAUCAUCAUCGUCUUCAACAUUAUCAUUGUCUAAUUCUUCAUUUUUCAACACUUCAUCGUUGUCAUCUUCACUGUCAACAUCAUCGUUGUCGUCCUCGUCAUCACUGUCCACACUGACAUCAUUAUCAUCAUCAUCAGCACUCUCAUCAUCGUCAUCAUCAUCAUCAUCAUUCAUAUCACCCAUGCUGGCCAUGAUUGAUAUGUCGUCGACCAGAUUGCUUCAGCAGAAAAUCCUGCAAGACAGUCGUGCCCUUCCUAAUGAAAACAAAACCUACGAGAAUAAACUACAUCAAUUUUCAGAUGCAUGUUAG